AUGUCUAUUGGCUUACAAUUUUGUGAUACUCUUCUUACAAACGCUUCUUUCUUCCAGAAGGUUAAAGAACUGCGUCCAGAUCUUUUCGUUUUCGACAAUCUACGGUUCAUGAAAAUGAUGACGAUAAUAUCAUAUAGACUUGGGGUGCCUUUUGCCUUUCUUGGAAUAACUUUCGACCCGUGCGACCAGCGAAUCCCUAUACAGCCUUGCAACAUACCAGUUCCAUUUUUUAGCUACAACCAUCAUAUGAGUUUUCUUCAGAGAGUUUUAUCCACUGUAAUUCAUGUUUAUGUCUCUGUGGUCGACGGAUUUUCCUACAAAGACGCAGUCAGUCGCUAUGCACCAGAAAUGCCUUUCCUUACUAUAGACAUGCUUGUAGCAAGAGCUGAGAUCUGGUUGGUUGACACGGACCACAUCCUAGACUACCCGAGACCAUCGAUGCCCAAUGUCAAACUAAUUGGAGGAACAGCUACAGGUCCUGGUAAACCAUUGCCACCGCAGUUCAAAUCUUUUAUGGAUGAUACCAAAGAAGGAGUUGUUAUCGUAUCGUUUGGCAGUUAUGUCCUCAGUCCACCAGAAUCAAUUACACAAAAAAUCAUCAGUGUGUUGCAGGAUUUACCUUUUAAAUCCAUUUUCCGUUGCAACAUUUCGUCACCGAACUUAAAGAAGAUCCUGACGUCGUCAUGGAUACCUCAGAAUGACCUGCUGGCUCACUCCAACACUCGAGUGUUUUUCAGCCAUUGUGGUAGUAACGGUCAGUACGAGGCUCUGUUCCACGCCGUGCCAGUAGUUUGUACGCCGCUCUUUCUUGACCAGUUCUACAACGCUGAGCGCAUGCGCGUAAAGGGCAUGGCAGAGACUGUCGACCUCAACACCGUCAGUACACACGAGCUGCACUCCACCAUUCUCAAAGUGGCCACCAACACGAGCUACAAGCAGGCCAUCACCAAAGCCUCGGAACUGUUUAAAAUCGAAUUCGGUGUUCCUGUGGAGAAAGCGGCCUACUGGCUUGAUCACGUGAUGAAAUAUGGCGGCAGUCACCUUCGUUCGUCAGGACAUGAAGUUCCUUUCUUACAAUUUUCGUGCUUUGAUGUUUAUGCUUUUCUGUUAUUGUUUGUGCUACUGAUACUGCUGAUAUCAGUAUGUUUAGUCUACGUUGCAUUCAACUGCUGUUGCUCGAAAUUAAAGGCAAAAAUUGAAUAAAAGUUAGUGAACACGAUUUGAAAUAAGCAAAGUUCCCCAAAAGAUUUUGAUGCUGGCUAAAUUCACAGAAUUGAGAAGAAAAAAAUCUUUUUUUUUAAAGACACGGCUAAUAAAGUUUUCUCCUGUUUUGCAAUUAACCUUAACUAAGAGCAUUAAACAAUUUUUUAAAAAGAUUUUUUUCACCCAAUUAAUCACUAAUAAUUGUUAAAGAAAUAUGGGUUGUUUUAUUUUCAUGUCUGAAGUAUUAUUUAUACAUGUAUUUACUCUUUAUUUUUAUCUUUGCUGUUAUUAUUUUAAAUCUGUAAACAUCUACUAAAACAUGCAAUUUUGCCAAUCAUUU